AUGGUCGACCGACAUUCCGAGGAGUGGCGGCCUCCACCUGCACAGGGUGAGCACGCGCCUAGAUCCCUAGCGGAGAUAUAUAUGGGAGAGCAUUCAUGGAACUCGGCCUGGAGGCUAACUACGCUCCCACCGUUUUCGCCGGAGAUGCCCGAUCUGCCUACGCAACAUCGCCUUGCACUAGGUCGGGAAGAAUUGAACGCCAGUCUCGAAGCGAAUCUGCGUAACAAUCUGGAACUGGUCGCGCGACUCCGCCAAAUGCCCCAAGCCACCGAGAAGAAGAUUGUGACGUUGCUGCUCAAGCGUGGAACGGUGCCGGAGAACGUGCAAGGAAGCGUCGUUACGGUGGAGCAUAUCGCCCUCUUGUUGUUCUUGCGAUUACAUGUUGUCAUGAAAAUCGCCAAGGACGCUGGACUGGGCUGGUAUGAGUUGGAUUGA